CUGUUUUUCGAAUGCAUCGGAAGUCCCACCAGACUAAACCCACCCCAGACUCAACCUCAUCUUUCUCUCUGCUUCCCUGUCUCUGUUUUUCUCUCUGCAUGUAAGAACUAAGAAGAGAUUGAUUGAUUGUUUCCAUGGAGAGGCUUUUAGUGUUCCAUCUCAUAUUAUUGGUUGUGAUAAGAGAAGUGACCAACAUAUGUGCAGAAGGCCUGCUUAUAAAUCUAUCCAAGCUAGAAAUGUUUGUUGAUGAGCUUCCAGAUAUGCCCAAACUCAAUGGUUUUGAUGUUGUGAAUGGUGCUUUGAAGCCUAAGAGCCUCAGAAUCGGCAUGUACAAUAAGAAAUGGAAAUUUCACAGAGACAUACCUCCAACACCAGUAUUCGCCUACGGCACAUCAAAGUACACCGCAACAGUUCCUGGUCCAACAAUCGAGGCCCUCCACGGGAUUGCUACCUACGUGACGUGGUACAAUCAACUCCCUUCAAAACACAUACUCCCUUGGGACCCUACGAUUCCUACAGCCAUGCCCAAGACGGGGGUCCCAACGGUGGUACACCUUCACGGCGGCAUAGAAGAGCCGGAGAGUGACGGAAACGCCAAUGCGUGGUUCACCGUUGGAUUCAAAGAAAGGGGACCCACAUGGACUAAGAAAACGUAUCGGUACCAUAACUAUCAACAACCAGGAAAUCUCUGGUACCAUGAUCAUGCUAUGGGGUUGACUAGAGUCAACCUAUUGGCUGGUCUGAUCGGGGCCUACGUUAUCCGUCAUCCGGUUGUUGAGGCCCCACUUGGACUACCUUAUCUUGAUGAAUUUGAUCGUACGCUGGUUGUGUUUGAUCGAAGUUUUGCUAUUGAUGGUUCCAUCUACAUGAAUUCUACAGGAAACAAUCCCUCAAUACACCCGCAGUGGCAACCGGAGUACUUCGGCGAUGCAAUUAUUGUCAACGGCAAGGCAUGGCCGAAGUUGACCGUACGACGUCGUAAAUACAGGCUUCGAAUAAUCAACGCCAGCAAUGCCAGAUUCUUCAGAUUCUUUUUCACCAACGGUCUGCAGUUUAUCCACGUGGCAGCUGAUUCGGUCUACCUUAGUGAACCAGUCAUGACGAAUAACACUCUACUUGCGCCUUCUGAGAUUGCUGACGUGGUUGUUGACUUUUCAACGUCAACGUCAGACUUUGCUAUCCUAGCCAAUGACGCAGCGUAUCCGUAUCCGUCUGGGGAUCCCGUGAAUGAGGCCAAUGGAAAAGUGAUGAAAUUUACGAUCAAGAAGAACCGAGAGCUUGACACGUGGCGAGUGCCUAAACGGUUGAUGAAUUACCCAUCUGCGGACCCAUCAAGUGCAGUGCACACGCGGUAUAUUGCUAUGUAUGAAUAUACCAGCGAUAUUGAUGAGCCAACUCAUCUUUUUCUGAAUGGGAAAUCAUACGAAGCACCCGCGACUGAGACGCCUAAGGUGGGGACAUCGGAGGUGUGGAAUGUGAUCAAUCUAACGGAGGAUAAUCAUCCACUGCACAUUCAUCUUGGAUUGUUUGUGGUGAUGGAUCAGACGGAGCUGGUCGAUGUGGAGGAAUUCAAAGCGUGUAUGUUAGAAAAGAACGACGCGAUCAAGUGCCACAUUGAGAAGUAUGCACGUGGCAGGAAAUUAGAGGUGGUAGCACAUGAGAAGGGUUGGAAGAAUGUGUACAAGAUAACACCCGGAUAUGUAACGAAGAUUCUCGUGAAGUUUUCCUACGUACACUCAAAUGAGUCUUAUCCGUUCGAUGCAACAGCGGAGCCUGGAUAUGUAUAUCACUGUCACAUACUGGACCACGAAGACAAUGCCAUGAUGAGGCCAUUGAAGAUGAUUAAAUAAGAAGGAUUGUUUUCAAUUCAUAGGAUAUGUGACAGAAGAGUUCAGCGUUUGGUUUCUAAGACAAUCUCUUUCCACUGGAUGAAAACAUAGGAAAUGAUUCCACGGCAGCAGAUAUGUAAUGGAUCACUAGAAUAUAGGUUCGACCUGGGAACACAGCGGUAAGAAUAACAACGGUCGUGAUUAUUUUGUAAACCUUAAUAAAUUGAUGUUAUAACUGUUUAACAUAUGUUGAGAUAUUGAUAAAUAAUGUAUUUUCAUUACUUCGUAAGAAA